GAAAAUUAAAGCUGAACAGACAAACUAACAAAGCAACUAAUAAAUUUCAAGCAAGAAAUUGAUUAACUUCUAGCAAUUCAAGAACAGCGCACCAAACGCUGAACAUGCAGGAAUUCGACACGAGUAGUGAUGAAGCUAACAUUCGUUACAACAGAAGAUUUUACGGUAAAAAAAGAGGUCAAAGCAAGUAUUUUGUGGUCAAGAAAUCACAUUUGUACGUUUUGCUAUUCAUCGCAGCGCUUAUCGUUGUGAUACUCCUGAAAAACUCACUGACCAAGAAAAAUGUAGUAAACAAAAAGAAGGAAAUCGUGAGGGUGAAUGCGCCCAAAAAAUACUCAAAAAACUGUAACAUUGUGGUUUACUGUCACGAUGUGCUAAACACAGCAAUCAAGGGUCGAUGGGAAAAAACUUCAUAUAAUCAAGUGUUUCCAUGGAAACAAGAAAGUGUCGGUGAAAUACGAAGAAAACUAAAUUUGCCAGUGAACAUGACGAGAACAGAUGGAAGGUGUGGCAUCCACUUUCCAAUACCCAACACACGGCUGGCUGCACAUUGUGACGCAGCGCAGGAUGCAGAAUUACCCUGUUGUGCUGAAGCCAGCGGGUGGUGCGGUAGCACAAACGAUCAUUGCCAGCACGAGAAGUCAUUUGAUAUGAGAAAGUACCUCCCACCACAAAGAGUGCAAUGGAAACCCAUGAAUGAACAAUGUAAAAUUAGAACAUUUGAAAUGAUGGACGCAUGCAGUAUUCUUGCUGAUAAAGCAAAGAAGAUAGUAUUUUUGGGUGACAGUCAAGCUCGACAUUUUUUCACCGCGUUUGUACUAUUUCUAACACACAAUUAUAAUAAUGGCGCUAUUAACGCUAAACAUCACCAUGACGACGAAAUCAUGCAGAAUUGUACACAAGAGUACCAACUACUAAACAACGACUGUCGACAUUAUUUAGUGACGUCAUCAAAACAAGUCAACGGGCUAUGUAAUGGUCAAAAGUUUAAAUUCCAAUUAGAAUAUUUCGCAGACUACCAGUCCUUUGUAAUGAAAAAGACAGCUCGAAAAUACGAAAGCAUGUACUUGUCGGAAGAUUCGUACAUAGUCAUAGGAGCUGCCACGCAUUUUAACUCCGAUAAAAACAGUUACAUGAAUUAUUUCCUGAAGUAUAUUAUCGAAGAACAAAAAAAGACCUCCUAUGUAUGGCCAAAAUAUAUAGUAGAGACUUUACACGAUGUUUACUCGCCAGCUUCUACGAAGAAGAGACAAGAGCUUAACGAAGCCAUAAGAACUUACGGAGAAGAGCGAGACACAGCCGUUCUCGAUAAUUCACGCUUAAGUAGAAACCUCGAAAGUUUUGACGGUAGAACGUACGGGCUAAAGUAUAAUUUAUUAAAAGUGCAGAUUUUGUUGAACUAUUUUCAUAAUCAAAGAGAAUGUACGUAGUUUAA